GUUUUCCCUAACUUGUUGCAGUUUGUAUACCUGCGAUAUACUGUCAGGUCGUAUUCUAAUUUUGUCAGCAUAUGUAUGUACUGUUGUCAAACUUCUUGUUAUCGGAUAUCCAUUUCAUAUAUGAAAACUUGUGCAGGUCUAUGACUCAUUUCGCAGAGGAGAUCCCAUUAUUGACUCAUCAGCAUCGAGCUGAUACGAUAUGGCAUCAGUCGGCGAAAGAUCAGCCGAAAUUGAAAUGCCGACGAUCUGAUUCAGGCUUAUGGGACACCGCCUUGGACCAUAGAGUCCUACGUUGCCUACUCCGUGCGGGGUUCUACGGGGAGUAUCGGAUUGGACCUAUUCGAUUGGACCACCAUCUCGUUACAACUCUCGUAGAGAGGUGGCGAAUAGAGACGCGCACAUUUCAUUUUCCUGUUGGAGAGUCCACAGUUACAUUACAAGAUGUGGCUAUUCUAUUUGGCCUACCGGUUGAUGGACACGCAGUCACAGGAAAAGACCCAGCAAAUAUGUUGCAUGAUUUGAUAGCACUAUGUGUGGAGUUGUUAGGAGCAGCACCUACACAAGAAGACUUCAUAGGCUCAUCACUUAAGUUGAAAUGGAUAUCCGAGCAUUUCCGUCACCUUCCACAUGAUGCAUCCGAUGAGACGGUUCAUCAUUAUGCUCGAGCCUAUAUUUUGUGGCUUAUUGGGGGGGUCCUCGUCCCCGAUAAGUCACAAAAUAUAGUCAAGAUGAUGUUUUUGCCACUACUUAGAGACUUUGACCGUAUCCAGGAGUACAGCUGGGGUGGUGCCACAUUGGCAUGUUUGUAUAGGAUGUUGUGUCGGGCAACUAAGGCUGAUACGAAGGAGAUAGCUGGCCCACUAGUAUUGUUACAAGUUUGGGCGUGGGAGAGAUUGAGCAGGAUCGCCCCUAGUCGGAAGUCGAACAUUGCUGCUGGCGAGCAUCCCAUAGGGGAGGGCGACCAGCUGUUACCACCUGGCCCGCGAGCUUGCAGGUGGAGGGUUCCCUUCAGCCAUGAGGUGAUAUCGACUAAUGUCGGUGUCAUCUUCCGGGACCAGUUCGACCGCAUGGUGGAGGGGGAGUUCAUAUGGGAGCCUUACAGGACGGAGGAUGACAUCAUGACCAGCUUCCCAUCGUAUUGUACCGUUGGUCGAGACAUAUGGAUGGCACAAGUGCCACUUAUAUGCUUCGAUAUCAUUGACUGGCAUCUUCCCGACCGGGUGCUUAGACAAUUUGGGCGAGUUCAGAGUGUGCCUGAUCGCUUUGACGCCUACUUGGCUAUGCAUUUUAGGGAUAGGCGUGGCAAAAUAGGCAUUGAUUGGGCAAACGAAUACCAGUCAUUUAUUGGUGAGUGGAACAACAGACGUAACACCAUUGUCCAUGCUGAGAGGAGCAAUGAAGUGCUUACAUCUUCGGACCCAUACAUGUUAUGGUUUCGCCGCCAUACACGUCUAGUGCCUAGUAAUCUGAGUGACAUUGCUGCCUUCGGAUACCAAGGCGUCGGGGGCAGUUUAGAGGGAUUAGUAAGUUAUUUAUAUUCUCCAAAACAACAUUUGCUUAAGUUUGUAUAUGUUUGUUAUUUGGCAUUGAUGGUUAUGUAACACAGCUACCAUUACAUUACAGGUUCGUAGAGUUGCGAG